GUGAUAAUGAACAGAUAUCAAGAGCAGCCUCAUCUACUGGAUCCUCAUUUAGAAUGGAUGCUGAACAUGAUACUUGAGUUUGUGAGGAGUGAGAAGUCUCCUCCUUCACUGGUUCAUUUGAGCUUCAAGUUUCUCUAUGUCAUCUGUAAGGUCAGAGGCUAUAAAAUCUUCAUGCAGCUUUUUCCACAUGAGGUGGCAGAUGUCCAGCCAGUCCUUGACCUGCUGUCCAGGCAGGAUCCCAAAGACUCUGAGACUUGGGAAACUCGCUACAUGUUGUUGCUGUGGCUGUCCAUGACCUGCCUCAUACCCUUCGAUCUUUAUCGUCUGGACGGUCAGCUAGAGUCAGACUGUGGCAAGGCAAAAGAGCCCAUCAUGGACCGUAUUCUAGCUAUUGCAAAGUCUUAUCUGCAAGUCAGUGAUAGUCCCAGGGAUGCUGCAUCUGUACUGGUAUCAAAGUAA